AUGUGUAUUUUGUCCCGUACUCGCAGGGUUGACCCUAAAGAUACGUUUUACACCGGAGCUUGUGAGAAUGGCGAUGACACCACGAGUGUUGAAGAGUACCAGCUGAACUCAUUCUGUUACUGUGAUGUCAAUGGACAGGACCGCUGUGGGCCAGGAAACGAUAUUUUCACCUGCCCAUACAUGGAAAUAGACGAAAAUGAUGUCACAGACAGGCUCCAGGAUCAAGCUCUCUUCCCACUUAAAUGCUUGGACAUUCCCUUCAGUUACUCUGAAUUCCCGUUGUUUGAAUACGAUGAGUCCCUCAGCCCUGCGGUGAUUGACAUCAGUUUACCAACAGAUUCAGGCCAGACGUAUGAAAUUCUGAAAUUCCAGUGUACGACGAAUUUGAAUUCAUUGGGAUCUCCAUAUCCUAUAGCCAGAACAUGUAAGGAUGUCGAUGGUGUGAGAAUGACAUCUGUCGUCGAGUCCUGUGCUCUGGAUUUGUAUGUAACUAGCGAUUUCAACUGGAUUCAAGCUGCAGUACAGAGCAUGAAGGUCCAGUGUCAACUCCAGCUUGAGCGCAACUCUUCUCUGUGGACAGGAAGUCCAAGUGCUCCUCCCCAGGAAUACACUAACUUGUUCUGCAUCGCAAACUGUGGUGGAGCUGGUACUUGCGAAGAAGGAGUGUGCAAGUGUAUAGAAAACUAUGGGGGUGCUGACUGUUACGUCAACAAGCUUCAGCCACCGAAUGUGUUUUCCCUGAGUAAUGGAGGUUUCUGUGACCUUAGGGACGAGAACUGCGACAACGUCAUCGUAUACAUGAAUAACACAGAGAACUCUAAUCAACUGUCCUGUUACCUUAAAAGAAUGUUGACAAACUCAUCGGGGACGUUCUCGACUGGCGAUCAGCUGACCAAAGCAACGGCAACUUUCCUCAGUGUGAACGAGCUGUCUUGCUCCAUACCAUCAGGAUCAGGGACUUACGAAAUCAUAAUAAGUGGUGAUGGACAACGCUACAGCUCUCCUGUCUACUUGUUUGUGUAUAAUUCCCUAUGCUUUGAUUGCGCUGUCAACAACCAGACGUGCAUGCCAAAGGUUUCUGGAUGUUUAAUCAAUGGCGUUUGCUAUGAAAAUGGAGAAUACAACCCGUCCUCUUUAAGGGAAUACUGUGAUCCUGCCAUCAAUGCUACUGUAUGGCAAACUGCUCAAGACUCAUGUCAGGGAUUGCCUUUGAUAUGGCUGGAAGACGGAGGCUUCAUCAGCGGUGGUGAAAGUGUGGUUGGGGAUAAGGAGUCUUGCAAACAAAUGUGUCUUAGCCAGUACGGCACUGGUGGGAAUGAUUGCUACUCCUUUGAUUAUAAUGCUACCUCGGGGAAUUGCUCCUUGAACUCUGCAGACAAGAGAAGUGACUAUGAAAGCCUUAUUGCGGACAGUAGUAGCGUGAAUCUGGAGUGGAACUGUGAAAACAAUCCAUGCCACAAGGAGAAUGUGAUCUGGACACGGAAGCCUGGUUUUGCCAUCUUAGGUUCUGGUGACAAAAUCGUCUCUGGCAUUACAUCCAGUUUUGAGUGCCGUAAACGUUGUCUCUCUGAGACAAGUUUCCUGUGCCGCUCAGUGCAACUGUUAGGUGAUGCUGGAAUGUGUGUACUUUGGGCAGAGACAAGCAUAAGCGCUGGAAACAAUUUUGUUCGCUGGCCUGGUUACAUCUUUGAGGAAUGGAGUUGUGCUUCAGGAACUGGAAACCUAUUGCCACUAGCCAAUCCUAGUGCCAGCAUUGUGAAAGACCCUUCUGGUGGCUCAGAGGACUACACGCUCAGUUGUAACUUCAAGACUCCUGACUCUACUAAUGCCACACUACAGGCUAACAUCGAGUGGUUGGUUGACAACACCGUGGUAGAGGUUUCAAACAUUUGGACAAAUCAAGGAGACCAAGAGUAUAAUGCUCACAUGAAUCGGGCCAAGCUUACGAAUUUGGCAUACGGAACCAAGCUAUCGUGUGGUGUAAGCCUUUGCUUGAAUGAAAGCUGUUCUGAGACCAUUGGAGCAUUCCGACGCAGCAAUAGGAUCAACUUGAUCUUGGAGGUUAAAAGUCUACCUGAGCUGACAGUAACAGAGGGACAACGUGGCGAAGUAAUCAGUGUUGUAAGCAACGCUCCCCCGUCGUUUUUGUGCGACACAUACAACUCAUCAUCCGACUGCAGCUUCAUGAUCAGGGUACAAGUGAACCAUACAGCGCCUGGUCUCGCCUGUCCUCUCUCUGGUACCAUGGCUCAGGUCGUUCUUGGUUCCUCUAACACGCUUGAUGACGCUGACGCCGAUGGUCCAUUCUGCGGCCACAUCAUGACGAACAGGAACUGGCAAACAAGAGCAGAUAUUGCUGUUGUGGCAAAACUUGAUCUUGUUCAGGACGAUGAUGUUAAGAGGACAGUCCAUGUAUCCGGAAGCCUCGUUGCGGAAAAUAUGAUCGAGAUUAUAAAGCUGGACUUACAAGAUGUUGAGGUGACCGUUGUCAACCAGGAUUUUGGUGGCGUCUGUGUAUCCAUGAACGAUCCACACAUGAUCACAUUUGACAGAAGAUAUUAUAAGAACUUCAAUGAAGGAGAAUUUAUCCUGUACCAGCACGCUUCUCUUCCGUAUGAGAUCCGUGGAUUUUACAGACGAUGUAAAGGCAAAGAGUUGGGCUCAUGUACUUGUGCAGUGGCAGCUCGGUCUGGAGAUGACGUUCUUGUCAUUGAUCGCUGCGGCGCCAAGGAUUCUGGGCGGCGUGAUAUGCCUUUCCUUGACCUCAAACUUUAUCAAAUUGGUAAACUAAUCCCCGGAACAACAGUGAGACGUGUGGGUGGAGGACUUAAAUAUGAGGUUGGCCUGCCAACUGGAACAGUGCUUGAGGUUGAUGUCAAAGAUGACUUUCUCAACGUACUUAUUAUUGCCUCAGCAACAGAUUUCAACAACACUAAAGGUCUGUGUGGUCUGUAUGAUGGAGACAAAGACACCAUGCUGACAAAGAGAGAUGGAACUGUGUAUGAUAGCAUUGAAGUCAGACCCGAUGAAUUUUCUCUAUCAUGGAGAGUGGAUGUGACUGAGAGCUUGUACACUGGUUUUUGCGGGACACUUGAAUUUGAGCCCAAGGUCAUGACUUUGUGCGAUUGCCAAGGUACAUACAAUGGAACUUGUCAAGAUGGAGGAGAAUUGAUUACUUGCUCAAGGACGGACGACCAUUUCAAUUACUGGAAGGGAGAAGAUAUCACACUAGAUCUACAAGAGAGAUCUCAGUCUCCAAUGUGUGAAGUUUCAAAAUCAGUUGGACAAGCAGCUACUGACAAAUUUGAAUAUGAUCCUGAUCAAAAUGCUGGAGAUGCAAGCUGGCCUACUGCCUCCAAUAUCACAGAGCCGAUGGCUGAGGCGUUCUGCGGAGACGUCAUUCUCAAUGAUAUAAUUGGAGCUGCAUGCAAUCAGAUUAUUCCAGACACUGUUAAGUACGCUGUGCAGGCUUGUGUGAAAGAUAUUCAAAUAUCAGACGAUCGUAGCUGGGCACAGAGCGCGCUGUCGACUGUCCUGUCUGUGUGCAGAUACGAGCUGUUCAAUAAUCCAGCUCACUGGGUGAACAGCACAGGAACUCUCUCUAUCAACUCUACCUUCAUUGGUGGCAUGUGCUUCAACCAGUGUUCUCAACAUGGCCCUUGUGUUGAUGGUGUGUGUGAUUGUGAAGAUGGGUAUGGUCUAGCUGACUGCUCAGUGAACACGGCAGAUUCACCUGAUAUAUACAUGCUGGAAAAUGAUGGCCUUUGUAACAUUCAAGACUCAUCACAACGCCCCUGUGACUCAGUUCUUGUGACCGGCAGGGUAUAUGCAUUUUCUGAGCAGCUGAAAUGCAGACUACAGCCUAUAAAGAUAACAGAAAGCGACACUGAAGAUGAUGGCAAGCCCGUCACUGUACAGGCGGAGUACUUCUCUUUCCACGAGAUCACAUGCCCUUUGCCAGAGGCAAGAAGCUACAGAAUACAAGUCACAAACAACAACGUGAACUUCAGUGACAGCUCUACCUUUACUCUUUACCAUCCUAGGUGUCAUGACUGUAGCUCAAGUGGAGUUUGUAAACUCACGUUCGAGAGCUGCUUCAUUGACAAUGAGUGCUUCUUGUAUGGUGAGCCCAACCCUGCAAAUGAAUCCUUAGUAUGUGACAACUACCAGUCUUACGACUCAUGGAGUCUGCGGAAAGAGUAUCCAUAUGUGCGAGGAAAUCCAGUGUUGUCUUCAAACUUUAAUGACUCAACCCGAGAGUUUACAUUCUCUUGCGAAGUCACCGUGCAGGAGAGGCAAGGUGUUGAGUACCUGAUUGAGUGGCGACAUAAUGGGACGGGUAUUGCAAAAGUCAACAUUUCAGAAGUUGGGGUCAACACAACUGUUGCAUUUCUGGACAUAUUGGAUAUUCCACAGUUUGCCCUUGGUUCUGAUGUAUCCUGUGCUCUGACAGCUUGUUUUGCUGAGAAUUGUUCAACUACUGAAAGUCCUCCAGAGGAGAGCAAUUCUUUCACAGCUGCAAUUAAGAUAACUGAUGAGAAAGUGACUGUGACUGAAGGCAUGGGUCCAGCUACAAUUUCUGCAGAGUCAAAUGUUCCACCAAAACUAUUGUGCGUUGGUGAAGACCCAUUGCUUUGCAAUGUUUUUGCAACUGUGCAAACAAAUCAGCCAGAACCACUGACUUGUCCCAACAGUGAUGCAGAAGUACCACAGUUGAUUUUUCCCUUGCUAGAAGAUUUCCCAGGUAUCACAGAAUGCGGUGUGCAGUACAGUGAAUGGCCCGGCAUUGUUAAAGUGCCAGUCAAAGCUGCACUAGAUUCUUUGAUUGAUGGUGAUGUGACAAGGCUUGUGGAAGUAGCUGUUCAGGUCGAGUACAACAUGACAGUGGAGGUUUUGUCCGCGAUUGGAAAGAAAGAAGUGCUCAUCAUUGACAAUGAUUCCGCAACUCUGUGUGCUUCAGUGAAUGACCCGCACAUGACAAGUUUUGAUGGAAGAACUUAUGAUGUGUAUUUAGAGGGAGAAUUCAUCCUGUACCAGCACUCCUCCAUGAUGUAUGAGGUACACAGUUUUUACCGCAAAUGUAACAAAAACAGAGCUGCUUGCAACUGUGCAGUCACUGUCAAGUCUGGAGAUGAUGUCAUUUUGAUUGAUCGCUGCGGGGCGAAAAGUGGAACAUCAUCUCAGCCCUUGGAAGUUAAGAUCCUGAAAAAUGGAGAACUGACACCUAAUACAAGAGUUGUACAGCUUUUGGAAGGAAGGAAGUACAAGGUGAUAUUACCUACUGGCACUGAAGUAAAAGUGAACGUGGCUAGCGACUUCCUCAAUGUCUGGAUACAGCCAUCUGCUGCUGACUUCAAUAGCUCCAGAGGCUUGUGUGGCACCUACAACAAAGAAAGUGAUGAUGACCUUACUUUACCGUCUGGCAGUAUCUACCCAGGAGAUGAACGACAGCCUAAUUCCUUCUCACUCAGCUGGAGAGUGAACGCAUCCCAGUCCCACUACAGGGGUGUCUGUGCUGAAUCUGACGCCCCCUUAAGGAAUCUUAGCAUUGUUUGUCAGUGUUCAGUGAAUGGCACUAGCUGCAUUCCUGAUCUCGGAGUGUCCAGAUGUUUGCCAUCAGGGGAUAACCCAAAUAAGAAUGGGCAAGGUGUGGAUGUUACAAGCUCUUUGCUGAACAGCAGUGUUCAGUCAUCAGGCUGCAAUAAUCUGGAACAGUUUGAGUAUGAAGAAGACUAUGUUUCUGGAAACUUCUCAUGGCCAACACCAUCUGGAUGGGAAGAGGAAAAUGCAACAGAUUUCUGCGUGAAGUUUUUGAUGAAGUCUGAAAUUGGUUUCAAGUGUGCCAACAAAUUCAGCGUUGACUUCAACAGAACAGUGAGAGGAUGUGUCAGUGACAUUCAGAUAAUGGAUGACACUGUGUAUGCCAUUCAAGCACUGACAAGCCUUUUGGAACAGUGUCUUAGCAGCAUCUCACGUACUGUCGAGUUCUGGAUUGAUAUGAAACCAGACACAGAAUUUCUCAAUCUUUUGUGCCCAGAAGAUUGUAAUGGCAAUGGAAAGUGUACUAAUGGUUUGUGUGUUUGUGAAAAGGACUAUGGAGGAGUAGAUUGCUCUGUGGAUCUGACAGUUGCUCCAGACCUGGCUGUGCUGUUGCCCUCGGUUUCAUGUGACGUCAAAGAUGAAGACUGCUCGGAAAUUAUUCUUAUUGGAGGACCUUUCGUCAACUCAAACAGCCUGAUUUGCAUAUUCCAACAAAUUGAUUACUUUGAUGGAAUUUCUUACUCCGAGAGAGAAAAUGGGACGUACUUGGUGCAAGCAUCUUUCACUACUUACGAAAGGAUUGAAUGCAGACUUCCUUUUAUUGGGAGUUUCACUGUCAAAGUCGAGAACUCUCUGGGUGUUGUCAGCCAAACCAUAGUGCGUCAAGUCUAUAACUCAGAAUGUUUUAGCUCAUGUGACGACAAAAGAUGUGUACUUGAGCCAAAAUACUGUUUCAUUGACAACGAAUGCUAUCGAGUCAACGAAAUCAACUCUGAUGAUGUAGACCUGGUGUGUGACCCACAGAAGAGUUUGUCUCACUGGACGGACAGAAAUGAAUAUCCCAGGCUGGAUGCACUACCAGAAAUAGAAACACGCUUUGACUUCAAUACCUCAAUGUUCUACUUGGGGUGUGACUGGUCUGGUUUCACUGAUAAUGACACCACUUUGACAGUGUUUGCUCAGUGGUAUCAAGAAGAUGAAUUCAUUGCAGAGGAAGAAAUAGAACGUAAUGUCACUAGCGCAGAAAUUUCUCAUGUCAACUUCACUGGACUGGCUUAUGGAAAGAAGGUGUAUUGUGGGUUGGUUGCCUGCAUAACCACCAGAUGCAACGAGACAAGGAGUCCCUUGAUCAAAAGUGAGGAUUUUGUGCUUGAGAUCAAGAUCGUGAAUCCAUCUGUAGAAAUUCAAGAAGGAGAAGACAAAGCCAUCAGGGUGACCUCUACUUUCCCACCAGCUGUAUUCUGUGAUGUCGACACGAAUGUUUCCUGCAGCAUUUUCAUAGGCUUUGAGGUCCAACACUCUAAAGAUGAUAUCGUCUGUCCUGUCACCAAUGAGACAGUUCCCCAACUAGUUUUCUGGGGACUUUUGGACAACUCUGCCGUGUCAUGUGGUGUAGUGCUCACUAACGAGAACUGGCAGACUGCUCUGUCAGUUCUUGUCAGGGCUGUGGUGGACGGAAAGACAGAUGGUGAUCAGGAACGGAGCGUCAAUGUCACUGCAGUGCUCAGUCACACAAUUACAGUGUCCCUGCAGACAUUCACUGUGAAAGUCAUUGAUUCUGACCAGGUUGCAGUAUGUCAGUCCAUCAAUGAUCCUCACAUGACUACAUUUGAUGGAAGGUACUACAACAACUUCAAUGUUGGAGAAUUCAUUCUUUACAGGCACACUACUCUUCCAUAUGAGGUUCGCUCGUAUUUCCGUAAGUGCAACAAAAAUCGUGCGUCUUGCAACUGCGCUGUAGUGGUACGUGCUGGAGACGAUACCAUCAGAGUGGACAGAUGUGGCCGUGAGAAAGACCAGAACGGGAAAGAAAGUCCACUUGAUGUUGGCCUGUACCUCCGAGGACAGAUGACCUCAGGUCUUUCAAUAGUUCAGUACAAUGACGGCAAGAAGUAUGAGAUAUUCUUACCCUCGAACACAAAAGUUGUUGUUGUUGUGGAUAGCAAAUACAUCAAUGUGGUUAUUCAAGCUUCAUCUUUUGAUUUCGGGAACACUGAAGGAUUAUGUGGCACUUAUGAUGGUGACAAGAAGAAUGACCUGACCUCCAGCACAGGAGUCCUUGUUGAUGGCUCAAGGGUGGACGACUUUUCUCUUAGCUGGAGAGUGGAGCAAAAAGAUUCCAUUUAUAGUGGCUUCUGUGGUCAAGACUUUGCUGUUGGAUCUACUCAGACCUUCUGUUCCUGUGGAGUUGUUAGUGGUACAGAUUGUGGAGUCAGUCACGUUUCAAGUUGUCAGGAAGGUCUCAGGGUUAUCUCUGGAGGAACUGACAUAACAAUGUCAUUGAAGACAGGGGCGAUUCGACCGCCAUGUGGCUUCCAGUUAGAGUUUGAAUAUGACACUGCUUACAUCCCCAAGCCUCCAUCAUGGCCAACUCCCAGUGGGUUUAAUCUGACAACAGCCACAGAGUUCUGUGAGAAGUAUAUUCAAGCCAGCAUUUCUGCACAAGCAUGCCUUGGUGCUGUCAGAGACUUAAACCUAGAGUUCGUCUUGAAAGGAUGUGUGGAAGACAUUCAGAUAUUGGACAGCACUGAGUUUGCUGCAUCUGCAGUAGAAAAUCUGAAUAUGCGUUGCCUUACUCAUGUCCAAGUGAACAUAAGUUAUUGGGUGACCAUUGAAAGUGGAGUUGUUAUCAACCCUGUUGUGUUUGACUCCCUUUGCCCUGCUGAUUGCAAUAACAAUGGAAAUUGUUCCAAAGGAGUCUGUAUAUGUGAUGCUGGCUUUGGUGGAACAGCAUGCGACAUUGACCUGACCUCACCGCCAAAAUUAACAAACACCCCGGAAAUCCAAAUAUGUGAUAGCAAGAAUUCCACAUGUCCCAAUGAAAUCCUCAUUUUUGGUGAAAACUUCCUGAACUCGGAACAACUCACUUGCCACUUCAAGGAAAUCACGAUUCUGGAAACUUCUAUUUCUGUGUCUGACAAGGAGAUAAUAAGUCAAGCAACUUUCAUCAACUUCAAUGUUGUGAAGUGUACUUUCCCAUCUUUGGGAAGCUUUACAAUUGCUGUCAGCAAUACAAACAUCUCUAUUAGCACUAGCAUCAACUUCCUGCUGUUUGAUUCAGCUUGUGUAUCAUGUGAUCCGAGAUCAGGAAAAUGCUUCCUUGUGGACGACACCUGCUUUAUUGAAAACAAGUGCUACAAGUUUGAUGAACCCUCUCCAGAGAAUGGCUCCUUGUCGUGCCAACCUUUUGUCAGCCAAACUUCCUUCACUUUGAUUCCAUCAAAUCCAACAGUGAGAAAGCCCACAAUUUCAACUUCAACUCUUGAGAACUCUCCAUACUUUGAAAUACAGUGUUCUCUGGGUGCUGACGAAGAUAACAGCGUUGCAUGCAAAGAUGGUGUUGCUUACGAAGUCAAAUGGGAGACGAGCACUGGAAUUCAUCUUACUGAAGACAACUUCAAAUGUGGCUCAAAGGCCCGCUUUAGUAGGCAGGACUUACAAGGAGACUUUGAGCUCGGCGAUUACGUUGUUUGUGCCGUCAGAGCUUGUAUUGCCCUCAGCUGCAACGGUACAUACUCUGAAUGGAGAUACAGUGAUCAAGUAUCAUCAGCAAUCCAAAUUAAAGAGAAUGAGCUUGAGGUGACAGAGGAGGCAGAGACUGUCAAGAUCCACUUGACGUCUCCUUUCCCUCCUGGUUUCUUCUGUACCAAUUUCAGCAAUUGGGACAUCUGCAGCAUUGAUAUCCAGAUACAAACUGAGCAAAGUCAUGUGCUGCACUGUGAUGGGAGUCAAGUUCCUCAAGUAGUCGUUAAGCAGGUUGGAAAUGAUGGUGAUGAAGUGCUACAAUGUGGAAGACGGAUCAACCAAGAUACCUGGAUGACUUCAUUUGUUUUUGAAAUUAAGGCAGUGCAAGACAAUUUAGUUGAGCCGGAUCAGAAGCUAAUGCUGAAUAUCACUGCUGAUGUUCUCCUAGAUGAAGAUGUACAUUCUUCGCAGAGUGUUGGCCUACUCAAUCUGACAGUGCUGGAUAAUGACAAAGUCAGUCAGUGUGCUUUUGGUGUGCACAUGUCAACAUUUGAUUCCAAGUACUUCAACAACUACAGAAGAGGAGAGUUCAUUGUCUACAGACAUACAUCUAUGCCGUUUGAGGUGAGGACUCUGCAACAAUCAUGUGACAGCAACCAGACGUGCACCUGUGCUGUGAUGGUACUGUCAGGGAAUGACGUUGUUGUUCUGGACCGAUGUGAUGGCGGAGCUGCAGGUGCGCUAGACACUCGUCUCUACCUGAAUGGAGAUCUCACGGAAGACACAAGAGUGAUACAGUUUGUUGAUGGAGGCAGAUACAGAAUUGUCUUGCCGACCAUGACCUACAUUGAUGUGAGCUUGGCCUCUCUUGCUUCUGAUUUUUACUUGGAAGGUGUUAUUCAUAGUUCUGCCAAAGACUUUGCACAAGUAGAUGGCCUGUGUGGUAACAAUGAUGAUUCUGACAGAAAUGAUUUUUUCAAAAUGGACAACAGCACUUCUAAUGAUACCAGGGCAACCCCUGAUGCCUUUAUUGAACACUGGAGAGCUGAAAAGUCGUUCCUAAAUGGCCUGUGCGUGGAAGCUGGUGUAAACUAUGCCGUCCCAGGGAAAGAAAGCUAUUGUCAGUGUGUAAACAGAACCCAACCGGUGUGUGGCAAGGAUGUGGACGUCUUUUUGUGUGGAGUGGCGCCUGUGGGUAUGAACAGCAUUGCAGUCCAAACAGGCACAGAUGUCACUGAGAAACUCCUGCGCUUGGGCAGACCUUCUAGUGGAUGCUGUCAACAAACUAAGGAAUAUGACUACAGCACUGGCACAGAUUUUGAACCACCGCAAUUGUCCUGGCCUACGAGCAGCAAGAAUUUGACUGAAUCUCUAGCCCGUGAUUCUUGCACCAAAGCCUUGAAUGAAAGCCAGAUUAUGAGUGUGUGCUCUGGAUACCUUCAUGAUUCCAAAGACAUUGAAAGAAUAGUUCAACAGUGUGUGGAUGAUAUCCAGAUCUCAGAAGAUGAAACCAGAGUGGAAGGCUACAUGUCCUCAGUACUGUGGGCUUGUAUAGAUGCCGUCUCAUCCCAAGUGGAACACUGGACUGAUGUCGAUGGUUACUUGGCUCCUUCAGACAUUGACGUCUGCUACAACAAUUGCUCCCGUGAAGGAAGUUGCCUCAAAGGAAGCUGUCUGUGCAACGACGGCUUUGGCUCAGCAGACUGCUCUGUCAAUAUGGCCAGUCCUCCUACCUUGCUUUCCAUUCUGGGUGGAAAAAUAUGCGAUGUCAAGUCCCUUGCCGAUUGCACUUCAGUUGUUCUUUUUGGAACCGGAUUUGCCGACACUCAAAACCUGACUUGUCACUUCAAUGAAAAUGGCACAGUAUCAACAAGCAGUGCCAUUUUCAUCGCAUCCAACAAGAUCGUAUGCAGCAAAACACUGACAAGCUCUGCGGAAAUUUCUGUGAGCUUGGAUGGCUUCACAACGAGCAACCAGCUUACCAGGACUUUGUACGACGGCUCCUGUGAGAUGUGUGAUGACUCUGGAUGCACAAGAAGGGACAAUUUGUGUUCCAUCAAUGGUGCUUGCUACUCAUGUGGGUCUGUAUUUGAAGACGAUGUUACCAGGUUCUGCUUGCCAUCCAAUGCAACAGACAGGUGGAGUUUGAUAUCUGAUGUCUUUGCCAAGCGCUACAAGUUCCUGAAUGUCCAGGGCUCAAUUUUGGAAACCAGCGUUAGCAAUAUUGCAGUAACUGGUGAUGUCAAACUGGUCACUGGUUAUGGUGGCGCAAAAUACGCUCAGUUUUCAGAAAGUGGACAAUCGCUGACAGUUCGAAAGUCUGAUCUUAGCCUUUUGGAGACCAGCUCCUGCACCUUGGGAUUUACUCUUCGCUUUUAUGUGAAGUUCACGUCCAUCUGUGAAGAUGGGUAUGUGUUGAGAACCUGGAGAAAAGCGAAUGAGAGUGGUUUGUCUGUAUCUAUUUGUGAUGGCAGCGCAAGGAUAAGUGUACGGACAAGAAACAAAGAAAUGUCUGUCAGAACUGGUGCUGUCAAAAUGAACAGCUAUAUUGAGGCUGAAAUCAGCUGGUCAGACAGUCUUGGUCUCAGUGUUGUAUGGGAUGGAAAAACAUAUGCCACAACUCGUUACACCGUGCUCAAUCAUGAAACAGGCACUGGCUCCGAUUUGGUUCUUGGAUCUAGUGGCACAGAAACAUGCUGGCUGGGCAUGGUUCUUGGAGGUUUGGAGAUAUUCACUGCCCCAAAGCCUGUUCUUGAGUCAAUUGGAAUCAUUACAGAACUACCUACUCUACCUGCAAGGCCCACAGUGGAAAUAUUCUAUGAGGCUGUCAAUGCUACAACAACUUUCUCUUGUUCAUUUGAGAGCCUUGGAAGAGGAGACGUCAGAUACAAAGUCGAAUGGUUUGUUGACGACAUGUCAGUGAAGCAGAUCCAGCUAGGAAGUUCCCAGAUCGAAGAUGUCAUUGGAGAGAGCGAAUUUGAAAAUGCCACAUUUGGUUCGAAGAUCAUGUGCUCUGUUACCCCAUGCUACGUUUUCAAUUGUGAUGAUCUGAGCGGACCCACCUUCAGUGCUUCUUAUGAGAUCACAGUUACAAUUGUUCAAAGUCAGAUCACAGUCACAGAAGGCGCGGGUUCCUCUGCAAUCAAAGUCAUCCCAACAGUUCCGCCUUAUAUGCUGUGCAAGUCAUUUGUAACUGUGUCAUCUGAAACGACUCUUCAAGUCUCCUCAGCCAUUGGUACAUUCAGUGGCGAACAGAUAUGCCCACAAGGCAAUGCUCUUCGGCAGGUUGUAGUGGGAGGUGGUAAUACUGCAGGGUGUAGCAGUUCAGUCAGUAGUCAAGACUGGCAGAGUGGAGCUGCUGUGCCUAUUGUGGCUACCGUUGACCUGGUGAAAGAUGGAGAUGUCAGGGGAAAUGUCAACAUCACCGCUAGCGUGGAAUGCGAAGGGAAACUGGAAAUACUCAUCUCCAAGACUGUCGAGGUCACUGUUAUUGACAAAGAUAUAGGGAAGCAGUGUCAAUCUGUCAAUGAUCCACACAUACAAACCUUUGACGGAGUGUCUUAUGACAACUUUAAAGAAGGUGAAUUCACACUCUAUCAGCACACUGAGCUGCCAUAUGCCGUUCAUACCUUCUAUCGCCGGUGCAACCGAGGCAUUGCCUCCUGUAACUGUGCCGUUGCUGUGAGAGUGGAAGAUGAUGUCAUUUUGAUUGACAAGUGUGGACCUGGACGAAAUAUUAAGAAAAGGGCCAGUACAGUUAAACUGAUCAGAAACGGUGAUGUCAACCCAGGUUUUAAACUUCAGAGAUAUGACCAAGGAAACCAGUAUCACAUCAUCAUGCCAUCGGGGACUACAGUCAUAGUGGAGAGUAGCAGAAAUGGGCAGUUCUUGAAUGUGUGGGUUACAGUCUCAUCAGCAGAUUAUGGGCACACAAUGGGAUUGUGUGGAUCCUACGAUGAUGAUAAGUCCAAUGAGUUUUUCAACCUGGAUGGAAUUGACCUGAAAAUAGGUGGUAAACAACAGAAACAGUUCUCUGAAUACUGGAGAGUGAAAAAAGAACAAUCAAUUUAUUCUGGCUUCUGCCCGGAGGACAUUGAAGAUCGUACAAGUUUUGAGUACUGCAAUUGUGUAGCAGGGGCUGCACCAACCUGUGGAAGUGACUUGAACCUUGUGGCCUGCAAAAAGGAUUCAGUUCUCGAAACGUCAAUCAUCAAAAUAUAUGAAGAUAUCACAGCUGAGUUGGUAGCAUCUUCUGAAGAGCCAGAGCAUUGCUUUGAUCCUUUGGCAGAACUCAUAGAAUUUGAGUUCAAUAUCAACUACACCUUUGAGUUUACGAAUGUCUUCUGGCCAACACCUAGUGGUAUAGAAUAUGAACAUGCAAAAGAUCUGUGUGGAUCAGCACUGAUGAGCUCAAGUCUGAGUGCUGCUGGUUGCGGUAUUGACUUCACAGUCGAUGUGGAAAGUGCCAUUGAGUUUUGUAUCAACGACAUCAAAAUGACGGAUGACACCAGCUGGACUGUCACAAUGUUGAACAAUAUUCGUAUCCAGUGCAUUACUCAGAUCACUUUAAAUGUCACCCAGCAGAUCAUACCCUUCUGUCCAAAUGAAUGCAGUGGUGUUGGAACUUGUUUCAAAAAUUAUGUGUGCUUCUGCGGCCCUGAUUAUGGUGGCUUCGACUGCUCAAUCAACCUGAUGGUUCCUCCCAUCCUGUUUGAGAUUGUUGGUGGAAAUCUGUGUGAUCACAGACUUGAUCCAGAUGGUUGCAAGCAAAUAACUGUCACAGGUUCCAAGUUCUCCCAAACUGUGUCUACUUUAAAUGUGUUGCAGUGUCACCUUAAGCGUCUUGUGGUCGGUGCCACAGACGUUUCUGUUGACGUCACCAAGACUGAGAUCGUAUUUGAAGCCACCUUUAUCAGCCUUGAAGAAGUGCGAUGUAAUGUUGAUCAGCCUGGCAGUUGGGAAGUGUCGAUCAGUAACAAGGAGGGCUAUGUCAGCUUACCUCUAGUAUUCAUUUCGUUCGACUCAAACUGUCAAGUUUGCAGUUUGACUGGAUGUACCAUAAGGGAUGACGUCUGUAACAUUGGUGGUGAAUGCUAUGAAAACGGGGCCACAAAGCCAGAUGACAACACUCAGAUUUGCAACACCAAAGUUUCAAAUGUGGGGUGGACUCAAGUAACUGUACCCAAUAUUCUAGAGUUGAUCCAGCGUUACAUCUUCAUCCGUAUUGAAGGCAACUUCCUGGUGACACCCACGUUCCAGUUACAGGUUUUUGGCACGCCUACACUUAUUGAUGGUCCUGCAGGAGGGAACGCCAUUUUGUUUAAUGGCAUCAACGAAUACCUCAGUCUUAUGGACCUAACAGGAACUUGCUUAGGGGACCUGUCAAAGUGCAUAUAUGGGCUUACGAUUAAAUUUUCCCUGGCCAUCAAUGAGUUCCGCAAUGAUAUGUACAUAUUGUCAUGCGGAGGAGACACUAAGGACACCUCAGGCUUAUCCAUAUGGUGGAAAGGCAGCCAUCUAAGAGCUCGAGUGAGAACAGAGACGAAGGAAUGGAAAGUGAGUAUGCUCGGACUGAAGAGAUACUUGCUUUACUUUACUUUUCCGAUCCAGUGGCCAUCUGAGUUCAAACAGAAGAGAUCAAGUUAA